UUUAUUUCUUAAAUAUCUAAUCUCCCCUUCGUCUUCGAAGCAAAUUGAUCGAAAUCCUUGCUUAAAUUUCUUAAAAUAUUUCUCCCCCUUCAUCCGCUCCGCUCUCUUCGAAAUCGAUCUCACAAUAAAUCAAAUACGCGGACAUAGUUGGAUCAAAGAUGGGUUCAAGAGGAGCCAAUGUAUUACUAACUAGAGCCAACCGAAUGAGGCAGAAGCUGCAAUCUUCAUUAGAAGCUAGUGUCCUUGAAAUCGAAGAUGUUUCAUACCAGCAUGCUGGUCAUGCUGCUGUCAAGGGAGAUCCAAAUGAAACCCAUUUUAAUCUUAAGAUCGUUUCGCCGAAGUUUGAAGGUCAGAGCCUUGUGAAGCGUCAUCGGAUGGUUUAUGAGCUUCUGGAUGACGAAUUGAACUCUGGGCUCCAUGCUGUUUCGAUUGUUGCGAAAACUCCAAAGGAAUCGGGUUCGACUAAACCAUAGUUUCUUGUAGGUAAGUCUUAAAGUAAGGGGGCAAUCAAUUAAGAAUCAAAUUGUGAGCAAUCUAUGCGCAUCAUGAUUCUAUAUCAUGGACGAUAUCCAAGUUUCCAGGAAAUUAUUGAUAUGGGCUUGUUUUAGCCAUGUACUUCAAAAUUACCAAAGAUUUUCAUAUCCCAGAAGUUAUCUUUGACUUACCCAUUUUAAUCCGCAAAAAUCUGCAUUAGUCAAGGCAUUGUAAUAUCUCGAUGCUGGUCUAAUACCAAGCUUCAAUUUGAAAUAUUUUUGAUGAAUCCUUGAUUGUUUGUUGAUUUAUUAACGUCUGAAACGAUGAAGGUGUUCUGGUUUUUUUAUCAUAAGGGGAUGUUUUUCUUUAAAUAUUCAGUCUUUGUGAGUUAAUGACUGUUUAAAAUUUUCGGUAUUUGUAAGUUAAAUGACCAUUUCUAUA